GAUAACGUACCCACAACCCACGUACCUAUACCCACAAUGGCAUUCCUCCGAUCAUUCAACUCUGGCAUAAGUAUACGUGACAUACGAAAUUGACCCACAAUCCACGCGACAGUUUGUCAUCCAUUGCCUGGCCCUUUGCUAGACACCGAGGGGCAUAGUUGUUCACCGCAUACUCCGCGGGAUACGAUUGCUUUUUGACUCCUGAACGGAGCGCCGAUUUAUUCACCCGCCAGUCCGCUUGUGUGUGUGUGUGUGCUACUAAUUCAUCGAUACCGCUGCAAUGGACGCCCCCGAAAGCGACUCGUCUGUCCCUGUAGCCAGUGACUCGGUCUUCAGUGUCUCACGCCCUUCAUCAGCCUCUUCGAUACAUCCGCCCGAUACACCCAAGGAUCUGCCAGCGGGCGCACCGAUAUCCUCUCUCUUCCAAGUCCGACACACACCGACCGCCGGCCGCGCCGUUUUCGCUAGUCAAGACAUCCCAGAGGGCACACUUGUGUGGCGCUCAGAAGAUUUGACCCUCAACGUCCUCCUCCGCGAAUAUCGACGCGAAGUAUGUGGACAGUGUUUCGGAUACGAAUACGGGCGGGAUCUGGAUAUACGAGACAAGACGGUGGGGUUCGCGUUCUGCUCAAAGGCAUGCCAGGACAAAUGGCGAGAAGAGAACGGCGAGAUUGGUGUUCAAGCGUGGACGGCUGUCGAGGCUUUAGUAAAAAAGCGAAGCAAGGAGGAUAGCGACAUGGUGGACGCCGACCUACCACGACCAAAGGUCAAGGAGAUUCAGCAGGCUUGGGGGAAUGUUGCUGCGCAGGCGGCGCUGAUACGGGCCGCACGGGUAAGCGAACAAGCUAUACCGGACAAGGAGGAUGUGGCUCCAAUCACAAAGCAGCACAAGAAGGCUGUGUCUAAAGCACUACAAGCUAACAUUACACCUGAUGUGAUGAGCUUUUGUGUGAGUGGCCUGGUAUGGCGAUACCUUCAUCCCGAGCAAUGGGAACGCCUGGAGGCACUCGCAGACGACAAGACUCCUUACCACAGCUCCGACGAUCUCGGCGCGUUUAUAAGAACCUACUUACAUCUGCUUGCGAUCCUUCCCCUACCGCUCCUACCACUUGUAACGGCAGAGACGCUAAUCACGCUCUCGUCCCGCGACUCGCACAACUCCUUCGGUAUUCGCUCCCUGGAAGAUGACGGCUCAGAGUUCUUCGGAUACGGUUGCUGGCCCGCGGCAAGCUACUUCAACCAUUCGUGCGGGCCGAACAUUGAGAAGAAUAGGAAUGGCAAGACAUGGUAUUUCAAAGCUGGGAGAGACAUCGGGAAAGGAGAGGAACUGUGCAUUACAUAUCUUAGCGGGGAGGAGAGGAAGCUGAGUCGUGGUAAGAGACUGUUGAGGUUAAAGAAGACGUGGGGGUUUGACUGUGCGUGUGAGAGGUGUGAAGCACUAUAGUAGUAGCAAUAGUAGUCGCCGAUAGGUAAUUGAUGUUAGACUUACGAUUUCUGUAUGCCUAAUGUGUUCAUUC